GAUGUGAUCAUUAACCUCCUCUGGAAAAAGCCGCUGGCAGCCCUCUGAAGUCUGGCUGAAGGAUGCGGGGUGAGCCGGACAGAUACUGCUCAGAGUAUUUACAGACUGCUUCUUUACUUGGAGAGCUAUUGUUCACUUGUGUGUAAGGGGGAAAAAAGGAAGAAAAAAAAAUGAGAUUUCAGCAUUAUUUUUUGGUAUUUUUUAUCUUUGCAAUGAGUCUUCUUUUUAUCACCGAACAGAAGCCAGUUAAUUUCCCCAGGAAAAGAAAAUUACACAGACACCACUGCUUCAGGAGGAGAUGCGUUUCACUCCACGCCCGCGUGCCCUUCCCCUGAGAAAAUUCUAAUUUCGUUGGUUCUACUGGAAGAAGAGUUAGAGCUGAGAUGCCGGACCACCCUAAAACAACCUCGGCAUGGCGGUAGUGAGGCAGCUGGGCGUAACUACGCAAGCAGGAGUUGUCGCAACGUUCCUUGGAUGGCUGUUAGGCACUCGAGACUGUUCUUCCUGCAUUUUCUUUGACAAGAAAGUAAUAUAAAUGGCAACAGAGAGUGUCGAAGCACACGAGCCUGUCCGUAUAACAAUCUCCCACCUUUCUCUACGUGUUAUUUUAUUGUCCUAAUAUUCACUAUACAUGGUGAUGAGGUUCAUAAAGAUAUUUGCAUACAAACACAUCGUGUACCUUGACUAUAUUUACACAUAUGUACGUCAUGUACAGUCACUAUAUUUUCAUACAUGUACAUUACAUGCAUUGACUUUAUUUGCACAUGUAUUCUCCUCUUUCUCUCCCUUUACCGUCCCUUUCAUAUACCCAGACAAUUUCCAUGCUGUUUUAAUGACAUGUACACGGGAGUGACUUUAUUGCACAUU